AUGGCUGCUAUCCACUCCCCCGGACUCCUCACACCCAUCAAGGAGGACGAGACUUCUGUCCAUGGUGGCACGAUUGAUGCCGAUGGAGACGUUGUCAUCAUAUUUCAUGCUGACUGGGACAUAACCAUCAAGGUCGGCAAGUACAAGUACAAGGUCUCUGCCGCCAAUGUUGCGACUGCCUCUGCUGAGUGGCGGCGCCGCCUCUAUGGAAAGGAUGCCCCGUCUCGACCUGUGGACGGCGAUGACUGGGAGGUCCUGGCUGAGAAGGAAGACGACUCCAAGGCUCUUGGUACUUUACUGAGCAUCGCUCAUUUCUCUUUCAACAAAGUCUCCAAUGCUCCUUCCCUGGACGAGCUCUACGCAAUCACGAUCCUCACAAACAAGUAUGCCUGCACCCACCUUGUCUACCCUUGGUCUGGCAAGUGGGUCGAAGGUCUGUCCACGCUUGUUGCGGAUGAGGACUGCGCCAUCAAAGCUCACAAGGCUGCCUGGAUUGCCUAUGAGCUUGGUGACUGCCAACUUCUCAAGGACAUGUCAGACUCACUCGUCGUUAAUGCCAAGGUUGAUGGUAAUGGAGAGAUUGUCAACGAGGCUGGAAUGUCCAUGAAGGACUUCAGGCUUCCCAACGGACUUCUUGAACGCAUAACUACUGUUCGUGCCGAAACUGUGGCCAAAUUGCUCAAACAAAUCAAGGUCCCUCUCGACCACCUCACUGGAAUCAAGAGACUAGACCCUCCGAAGUUCUGCAGGACUGGAAUUGACGUCGACAGCUGUGAGAGCAUCAUGCUUGGAUCAGCCCUCAAGGCUCUUGUCCCGGCUGGCCUCUACCCCGUCCCCGACCCCGACAAGUUUACAGGCAGUAUCAAGGAUCUCAAGAAUGCCGUUUGUCAUAUCAAAUUCUUCGAUUUCCGCGGUGAGGGAUAUGCUCCUCAUAAGGGUCAUAAGGGAUGUAACCUUGGAUUUCAAGAGGUAGUAAAACAGGUUACUAAGGCCAUGCCUGUCGCUAUAGACCAAAUGCAGUUGGAGCACGUCAUACUGCAGGCUCGCAUCUCCGGCCUCGACAAAUCCGAUGCUGCUGACGGUACCCUCUAUACUGAUGCAGAUGACACCGAGGUCAAGACGGAGGCCACCAAGUCUGAGGGGAGUAUUUCUGAAGGGUCAAACAGUGACAAGCCCGCCCGUUCCGAGAACAAGCCUGUCAAGGAUGAAGAUGUCGAAUUCAGCGUCAAAAAGGAGAAAACUGAGGAUGAUGCUUGA